CGAAACGAUUUAUCUUGCAGGAAUCACAUUACCGAAGUGGGAUUCCAUCCCCCCUUCAUCAUAUUUCCUUCACCAUGAAUCCUGACAGACAGGCGAUGAUCGAUGGGUGGAAGUCCCCUCAGCAGAAAGAGAAGGACGUCACAGCGCCACGACGAGACGAGGGUGCUCGAGUCAAGAAGCCACCGCGGUCAGACAAGCCGAAGCUGGCGGCCAAGGCAGCACGUUUCCUCAGCCUGGACGAAGAAGAGAGGAAAUUCGUUGCCGGGGAGGACAAGUUCGUACUGAAGCAGUCCAAGAAGAAAGCAGACAUUCGCGUCCGUGAGGGUCGCGCGCGACCCAUCGACUACCUCGCAUUCAGCCUGCGCUACAUCGAUACCGACCGAGAUGUCCUCGACGACGACGAGGAUGAUGCCGAGAUUGACGUGCCGUCCCCAGAGAGGGUUGUAGACGACCUCGGCGCGGCGGAGCUGAAAGAGCUGGAAGCAGACAUCGAGUCGUUCAACACGCUCGAGACAAACCAGAGAAACCGUGAAUACUGGAAGGCCCUGUUGGUCCUCUGCAAGGACCGGAGAGAGAAGCUCUCUGGGCUGGACCACGAGGGCCGCGCAGUCAGUACCGUGUCUUCAGAGAUCGACAAGAUUCUUAGCCCCAAGACUCUCGAACAGCUCGAGGCACUGGAGAAGCAGAUCAAGUCGAAACUGCAAUCGGACGAGCAUAUUGACACAGACUACUGGGAGCAGCUUUUGAAGAGCCUGUUAGUCUUCAAGGCGAAGGCCAGGCUGAGAAAGAUCUGUGAUGCCAUCAAGGAGGGCCGCCUCGAAGAAUUGAGAAAGAGUGAUCCAGAAAGAGCAGAGUUGUUGGAAUCCUUGGGAGAGAGCGGUCGUGGAGCGGCCAAGAGCUUGGGCGAGCCGUCUCAGCGGCCGGCUCAAAAAUUAUCUACUUCUGCUGCUGGAUCAUCCGAAGAUACCAAUCCACCUCCAGGAACAGCGCGCUUCGCAACGGCCGAAGUACAAGACUUCUCACAGGCCACUCGGGCUCUCUACGAGCGUGAGGUGGCACGUGGGGUCAGCGAGAACGAGGAAAUCUUCACGGCGGAGGAAACAGUAUCAACCGCCUUGAAACCCAAGUGGGCCGAGAAAUACCGCCCACGAAAACCACAAUACUUCAACCGAGUACAGAUGGGUUACGAAUGGAACAAGUACAACCAGACUCACUACGACCAUGAUAACCCUCCACCCAAGGUGGUCCAGGGCUACAAGUUCAACAUCUUCUACCCUGACCUAAUCGACAAGACGAAAGCUCCGACCUUCAAGAUCAUUCGCGAGGGUGGGCGUCGUAGAGGCGAGUCCUUUGCGCAGGCUGGUGAGGAGGACACUUGCUUGAUUCGCUUCUUAGCCGGACCUCCUUAUGAGGACAUCGCAUUCAGAAUCGUCGAUCGUGAAUGGGAUUAUUCUGCGAAACGAGAAAGAGGCUUCAGGAGCAGCUUCGACAAGGGCAUUCUUCAAUUACAUUUUCAGUUCAAGAAGAUUUAUUACAGGAAAUGA